CAUGGCGGACGUGGACGCUGCGAAGGCUCUGAGCGGCUUGUUGAGCGGGAUCGCGCAGCGCGUCUACCACAACAACGAGGCCGUCACGGAGGAGCUGCUGCAGCGCGAGCUCUACCGCGAGCUGCCGCGCGAGGAGUUCACGCUGCUGCACGAGCGCAUGAGAGGCCUCCUCAAGUCCAUCGCCGCGGCCGACAUGGACCCCGCCCAGCUGGAGGCCUUCCUCACGGCCCAGACCCGGCGGCAGGGCGGCGGCGGCGUGACGGCCGAACAGGCCGCCGCCCUCUCCCGCUUCUGGAAGAGCCAGCGAGUCCGAGUGAGGGAGAGCCUGCUGGCCCAGAGCCGCUGGGAGCCCGGCCUGAGGGGCCUCUCCUGGAGGGUGGACCUCCAGACCGCCGCCAGCCGGGGGGGCGCAGGCGGCGGCGGUGGCCCCGUGGCCCUCGUGGAGCUGGAGCUGGGCAGAGCCGGACAGGACUCUGAGUUCGUGUGUCUGGAGUUCGACGAGCUCAAAGUCAACCAGCUGCUGAAGAAGAUGGCCGACGUCCAGGAGAGCGUCGACCGCAUCGCUCCGCGCACCUGAAGCGUCCUCCUCGGGUCGCGGCGCCGGGAGGCGGAGCCUGACCGGACCGAGAGGACCUCGGAGGGACGGCUCGGACUCAUUAGUUUCAAGCGGCCUCGACCGGAUCGCCUCGAGACGCCCGAGCCCCGCGGCUAACUCACAAGCUAACGGGAGGAUCGCCUCACUUCCUCGUCUGAAAGAGACGGAAAUAUUCUGGUACUCCGAACGCGGACUCUGGAGAAGAACCUCGAACCUUCAUCACAUCCGAACUGGGCCUCUUUCUCUUCUUCUUCAAGGUCUUAUUUGUGGAUUUCCAAGCGCCCGUGAAGGAUGAAGGUUCCUCUCCGAGCAGGAAAAACAAUGCAGCGUGGCCCCUUUAAGAGAGACGAUGAGGUCACCGAUGCAGAGGCGCGUUCACGCUUUACAGUGGCCGCGGUUUGAGGACGUGAAACGGUUAAAAUAAACAAAUUAUUAUCUUUG